GUUUAUUACGAGCAAAUUAACUUGGAGUGAUGGACGAAUCAUCUUGAGUGUUUGAAAUUUUUCGCAUGUCACAAGUUGACAGUUGGCAAACAACGUCUCGAUCUCAAUUUACAUUGAACUUUUGAACGUGUGAAAUCCGUGGAAUGAUGAAAGAUUUUAGUCUUCGAACUAAAAUACAAGCACUUUUGCCGUAUGGUUGUCUCUAGUGCUUGCUUCAGCGUCAUAGGAGAGAGAAAAUUAGACAUUGAGGAGUGAUAUGCCUCCAACACAACGAGAUCACAUGGAAAUCGACGACGAUUCGGCCCGCGAUCAAGUAAACGGAUUUUUACCCACAGGAGUCGCUCAAGUCCCGAAAGAGGAACUGCAAAAAUAUUUGAAAUGUAAGCGCAUUGGAAAUUAUCUCCUUGGAAAAACCAUCGGCGAAGGAUCAUUUGCACGAGUUAAGCAAGGGUUUCAUGUCUUGACUGGAGAAAAGGUUGCUGUUAAGAUAAUCGACAAGAAGCAAGCACAUCAAGACAAAUACGUGGCCAGGAACAUGAGGCGAGAGGCCAAAAUUAUGCAAAUGAUUCGCCAUCCAAACAUUGUUCAACUUCUGGAAGUCGCAGAAACGGAACAUAGGUACUACUUGAUCACAGAGCUUGCCGCUGGAGGAGAUCUUAUGGAUUAUAUUUGUUACCGAAGAAAACUUGGCGAAGUUGAAGUCAGAAAAUUUAUUCGGCAAAUUGUGUCGGCCGUGUAUUACCUACAUCAGGGAGGGAUUCUUCACAGGGACUUGAAAGUUGAAAACCUGCUUUUGGAUGAUGACUAUAAUAUCAAGAUCAUAGAUUUCGGACUCAGUAACACGCUGUUUGUGUCCUCACCUGACGGUCAAAACGCAAAGGAAUUCCUGAAGACUCAGUGUGGUUCUCCGGCUUAUGCUGCCCCAGAGAUCCUGGGACACAAACCGUAUGGGCCUGAGGUGGACGUGUGGAGCAUCGGGGUCAACAUGUAUGCCAUGCUGACAGGAAAACUUCCCUACUCGGCCGAGCCGUUCCACAUAACCACUCUGUACAAUAAAAUGAAAAGAAAUGACAUGAACCCAAUUCCAGAUCAUUUGUCAUCGUCGUGCAAAGACCUCAUCCAGCGUUUACUGACGUUCAACCGCGAAAGUCGGAUUACACUGGAUGAAGUCCUUAACCACGAGUGGUUGCAGAAGGGAUUUGAUGGUCCCGUAAUCCCGAUUGCGUUCCCGAAUUACCUGCAACCUGAAGAACUGGACAAGAAUAUCAUAAGACACAUGGUCAACAAGAUGGAGUUCAAACAGCAGGAAACAGUGGAUGCAGUUGCCCAGAACAGAUCUACUGCGACAUCAACUGUGUAUCACCUUCUGCAAAGAAAACUCAAGAGAUACUAUGUCAAACAUCCUGGAAAAGCUGACCAUACGAUCAAUGACGUCGCAUUCAACUCGGAGCCCAUUCGCAAUUCCCCGACAGUCACACCAGAGUCAGAAAAUAAGAAUUCAUCCAAAAAGAGACGCGAAUUUGCAGUUACGGCUGUGAACGCUUGCGAUUUUAAUGAUAAAAAGCAAACUACUCCGAAUGAAACAACACUAGAGUCGGAGAAGUUAGCGGUUCCGCGUGAAGGACGGGAGCAACUUUCUUCUCCAAGCCAGGAGAACUUGUCUCUAUUAGAUGAAGAGCUUGCGGAAAACCCCAACAGUUCACAUCAAGGUGAUCCAAUUUCAGAGAAAUCUAUCAACGGAAUCGACGAUGAUAAUUCUUCCGAAAAGAAAGAUAGAACUUGUAGCGUAUUAAGUGACGACAGGAUUGAAAUCUCCAGAAAGGAUUCCUGUAAUUACUCUUCAGUGGAAAUCAUGGCUGUGAAUGGUCGCCGGCUGUCGCAUACUUCGGUUGAAAGCAAAGAUUUAAAAGAUAAAAACGAGUCAGAAGUAAAAGAAACCACUGUCAAUAAUCAUGAAAAUUGCUCGCGACGCAUUUCUGAAACAAAGUUUGUUGCUCCCCAGGAGAAAAACUCGCCAAGGCUCUCGACUCCAAAUACGCCAUCUAUAGGCAAAGUUUCCCCUAUUAAUGCCAAGAUUAUUUCUAUCCCGCUGCAAUCGAUGAAAAUGGAAUUUCCUGACAAGGUAAAAUUUAACCACAGACGAUUUUCCCUUCCGCAGACCUUUUUACCACCCAAGAACCUUGGAAAUUCUCAGCAAAGACAACAUGUUCCCAGUCCCUUCCACUUCAACUCGACCUCGUCUUCUACGGAUUCAAAACAGAGAAACAGAGAUUCACCAUCACUGCCUCCUUAUGGGUUAUGCUGCCAAUUGACGGCAAUAAAGCCCCAGGAAGAAAAAGAAGACUCUGUGACACGUGCACACGAAGCGAGAUCACGUAGUGAUCACGUGCAGCACAGUGGAAUUGAAAAUAGACAUGCGCAACCGCGACGGAAUGUUUACCAUUCUCCUACCACCGAAAGGCGAUUUUCGAGUAAACGCCAUUCGGUUGCCACAUCGGGAGGUAGAGAACUUUUGAAAAGUAUAAAUAACACUUUAGGUAGGCUUGUGGAAAUUCAAGAUAACACAGAGUCCUCUAAAUCGCCAGACAGUUUAUUACUGAGAUCUCGCUUGCUUCCUGCCACAAUCAACGCACCCUUAAAACACGACUCGUCCGUGGGAGGCGUAAAAAUUUCUCUGAUACAGGAGCACGCAGGUGUUGAACGAGUCAAAGAAAAGCGCAGCUCUGGACUCAAGAUAAGUUGUAGCGUAAAGGACACUCAAACUGCUAAACCGCCACCUUUGUCAAAUCCAACUGGACCUUCUACCACUGAAUCAAAGUCGGCGAAAGAGCAAAUUACUAGAGAGAAGAAAACUAAAGCAGGGUUGCUGAAUAGAGGCGCCACAGGAAGACGAAGAAGGACAUUAGAGAACAAAAUCCCGAUAGAAAUUGACAGUGCAUCAUCACCAAAGGACGGGGAUGGAACGCCUCUUAAUCGUCGAUCACGUGACGUUGAUCAAAGCGCUGCGCAUGACGCUGUACAGAGUGGUCGCCGAUCACUUGAUUCGUUGGAGGAGAUCAUUUAAAAUUCUUAAGCAGCUUUGAGGUGUUCAAGAUAUUUGCAUUUAUGUGCCUUGUUUUGGAACAUUGAACACAGAAAGCUACGACACGUGUAAGCGUUCAAAUAUUUCGUCUUUGAGAUCUGAGUUGUUCGAAGCAUAAUAAGCACAACUGUGAAUGCAGAUUUUGGGAAGUGACCAAUGAUUAGUGUUAGUCGAAUUUCGAAUGACCUUGCUCAAGGUUUACGUUAAGAAUUUUUAAGAAAAAAAAAAAGACGACGGGAAUGGGUUAAGUAGAAAAAAGAAUAGUUUCUCCUUUAUUCGACGACCGAGCUGGGAAUUUUCAUCUAAACACACAACAACGUCAACAAAACUGAUCUUACCAGUGUGCAGAACGCUGUUUUCAUGUUCUCUACUGCACUCUGAUCCAAAUCCAAAGGUCUGGAAUUCAAUUGCUCGUGGCUGUAGGAACUCGGAAUUUUACCUCGUCUUACGCUUGUAACACCACGAAUAGCGACUGUUUUUUAAACACACACGUUUUUAAUUUCUCUCAAGGCCGAUGAAACUUUGAAUUUUCAUCCAUCAGGUAUGGUUUCUGUUUUACCCCAAAGUUGGCGAAGCAUGUUUCUUUCUUUCGCCUCAUGACUACCUCACUUUUGCCCGCGUUCAGCCUUGACACACAGAUCCGUGACAGGGGACCUGAAGUUCAUCUACCUUGUUCCCAGGGCUUUUUUAAAGCCUUGGGAACGAGGUUGGAAGUUCUUCGUUAACUCUUUUUUUGUAGCCGUGUUUUGCAUGAAGGAGAAAAUACUUCCAUAUUUAUAAAUUGUGCAAUAGAAGGGAAGUUAUUAGUUUAAGAGGUGGUUUCGUUCAAUGAACUUGAAGGAUAAUAUUAACAACUUCAAUUUUCAACAGGAUUUACUAAAUUUAAUUGAAUAUUUCGUAGCAUUAAGUAUAAUCAAAUGAAACACAAGAUGUAUUAAUUGAAAUCACGUUUAAUGAAAAUAUAUUGUAGAAGACAUCUUACUACUA